UUAUUUUUUAUUUACCUCAAGCUGCGUCCCGCAAUGGAAGUAAACAGGGACGAAGCAGAGCGUUGCAUUGACAUUGCAACUGCUGCAUUAACAAAUAAUCAAGCAGAGAAGGCUGUUAGGUUUCUAGAAAAGGCACAGAAACUUUUUCCGACGGAUAAGGCGAGAGCACUGCUGGACUUGAUUGCAAAAAAUGGUUUCACCCCUGGUCAUGACAACCAGUCAACCAGUGAUGGCACUGGGCCAAGGCAGCGAAGACCAGGGGAGGAGGACCAAGGAGAGAAGGCCUCGCAGACAGCCAAAUCCUACACCUCAGAUCAACUGGAUGCUGUCAAGAAAAUAAAACAGUGUAAAGACUUCUAUGAGAUUCUUGGAGUGAAGAAAGAUGCGUCCGAAGAUGAUCUCAAGAAGUCAUAUCGAAAAUUAGCGUUGAAAUUCCAUCCCGAAAACCACGCACCAGGUGCCACUGAGGGAGGCUUUGCGCUCUUUGUCCAGCUGCUGCCCAUCGUCAUCCUAGUGGUUGUGUCAGCUCUCAGUCAGAUGAUGGUCUCCGCCGCCCCCUACAGCCUCAGCUUCAGGCCGUCUAUUGGACACACCCACAAGAGGUACACGGAGACCUUGAGGGUGCCGUACUAUGUGGGAGACCACUUCUCCAGGGAGUACAACGGACUGAAUCUGAAGACUGUGGAGAGGAGUGUGGAGGAUGACUACAUCUCCAACCUCAGAAACAACUGCUGGAAGGAGAAACAACAGAAGGAGGGCCUGCUGUAUCGAGCUCGCUAUUUUGGAGACAAUGAGUUGUACCAGAGGGCUCAGAAGAUGGGCACACCGAGCUGCUCCAGGCUGUCUGACAUCUCCGUUUCCUUGGGUGGUUAAAUAUAAAGGAAGGCUGUUGAUCGCCACACUGAUAGGUAGUUAUAUCGAAACCGCAAAAACAAUUUUAUUGCCUGUAAAUACGUACGCUUUUCAACAUUCGGGACUGUGACUUCACUGCACACCAAAACUCGGACAGACUCUCUCUCCUUGAGUUGGAGAUCUCGUAUGGCGAAGAAGAAGAAGAGAAUGAAUGACCUAAAGUCUUGUUGAGGAAGAAUGAAUGCCCUCUUUGUUGAUGAUCAUGGUGAUGUGUCACGAAGUGACUGCUCUGUUACAAGCUGACUGUUUUACAAAUGCACUGUUAGGGACUCCUGCUUUUACCCUCUUACGUCCUAAAUGGCACACUAUUUCCUAUAUAGUGCACAAUUUUUUUUCUUUUUUUUUAUCCGGACCCAUAGGGCUCUGGUCACAAGUAGUGUAGCAUAUAGAGAAUAGGGUGCUAUUUUGGAUACACCCUCGAGUCAGAUGAUGUAAGGGCGGUGUUAUAAUCAGGAAAAACUCUGAUCAGAAGUGGUUCGUUAUAGAUGUCCUCCUUUAGCAGGUGAUACUUCCGAGAUAUUCAUCUUUUUAUUUCGAUCUGGUGAAAACACAGAAGAAUGGUUAAUACCAAUUGAAGCUGAUGACAGUUGGUUUCCUGAUUUAUACUUUAUACAUAAAUUAUGAUUUUUACUAUGCAGGGAUUAUAUUUAUAUAUUCUCCUAUCAGAGUCAGUAAGGUAAACAUACACCUCUCAAGACAUGUACUGAGCAAUUUUAAUUUUGCAGACCUAUGUAUUUAAAAUGAGUGAACCCAGUGACUGAGAAAGUAAUUUAUUUAUUGUUGGAAUUCUAAAAUAUCAAAAUGUUUUUAAUCAAGAUUUUCUUCAUUAGAACACAACGGCUAUCUAAUAAAGUAGGUCUUGCUCAAGAUGACACGUCCAUAUUAUGUUUUUACUCAAACAGGGAAAAUAAAUAUUCUACGUGCCCCAUC